UCUGCAUCACUAAUGCUAUUAUAAAGCACCUAUAUCCAACUGUCAAAACUGAAAGCCCGUUAUUGGCACUACUAAUGCUAUUAGAUAGCUUCAAGUAGUUGUCAUUUUCCUCAAACAACGUUUCUUCCAAUGAUAUGGAAAAUGAAAAAAAAUAUAACUGUUUUAUGUUCUUUCAAUCAUCUAUGAUGAAUAUUAGUAUAUGACUAGGUAUGUGAUAACACUUGAAAUUCUAUUUACAUGUAAUGCGCUUCGCACGUGAUAUGAAAUAUGCUCUAAAUGAAAUAUGUUGUGAACAUUACCUUAAGUGAGUCUCGAACCGAGGUAUCUUGCAUCAUCAUUCAGGGUUGGAGCGCUCCUUUUGCUGCCUGGACCAUAUUGGUUACGUUCGAACACAAUGAAAUAUGUCGAAUAUAAGUCACCAGAAAAGCUGCAUGUUACAACUCAUGCAAACGGUGCUGCCAGAACGCAGUUUGGCCAUUAAAUUAAAUUAAACAAUUGGUAUAUUACGAAAAAAUGCAAUCUUUGAUAAAUCACUUUUCCAAUACAACGCAAAUAACGAUAAAAGACUUUGUUUACUUUUGCUUCAAUUGGUAACUAACUGUUACAAUUCCUGAGCAUCUGCAUAAUAUUAUCGCCUUUAAUAGAAAUCCGAUUGUGGCUAUCGGAUAUUAAUUAUUAUAUAAUUUUGAAUUGUGAAAUCUGGCAGCUCUGUCAAAUAGUGAUCAAUUUGCGACGUGCAGUAAUUUUGUUGAUAUAGCUUUCACGAGUUGUCAUCAAUCUAAAUUCACGGGUAAGAUAUUUUUUACGAAUAUAUAAAAGUAUAAAGAGAAAUGCAUUUUUUCCGUUGCAGGUGUAAUGAGUUCGAAUAAUUAUGCCAUUGUGCAGACGACGGAAAAUGACGAUGUUUUGCUUUCUGUGGUUCCUUCACGUUGGGUACUGAAAAAUGGUUGGAGCAAGGAUCUGCCGGGACUUGGCACGGAUCUAUGCUACUGGCCAAAGGGUGUAGCUGGUUACCGGCUGCUUGAAAAGGCAAAAAAGGUUCCACAAAUUCCACCGGAUGUAAACGUACUGAGUGCAUAUCGGUGCAAAAUCAAACGAAACAAUUUUGCUAGUUACGCUGAGGCGUUUCGCGAGCUGCAAAUUAUGGAAAUUCAUUCGGAUACCGAUGAAUACGAGCCAAGAAAGAAACUGAAGAAAUCAUCAACUGCUGCUGAGCUUUUCAAACAAAUCCAAACGAAACCAAGCUCAUCGUGCUCAAAUACGGCUACUGAUUUUGCCGAUGAUACAAGGGACGGUCAUACUGACAACACAGCGGAUGAUUCGUUUUUGGAGCCUUGUCCAAACGAUAUUGUGAUGACGUCACGUUCGCUAUCUCUAAGUGAAACAACAUCUCAUGAGUCUGGAUCGAAGACACCAAUGAUUCAGAGCACAGAUACCGAUGAAUAAACCAUGCGUCAACUUAUAAUUUCACUGCACAAUAAAAUAGACAAGAACACCAAGCAAAUAGAAUCUCUCAAUCAAUCGCACAUUAGGUAUGGUGCUUUGCUCUCUCAAGUUAACGCUAAACUAGAUGUUAUUGCUACCAAAAUACCGUCAGAGUUUGUGCAUGUGAAAACAGAGAGUUAUGAAUCCAAAAAGAUUCCAUUAACCCCGGUCAAAUCUCUGGAUGACAUGGAAUCUCUGGAGAAACAGUCGAAAAAUGACCAAUUCGUACAAUCUGUUGUUCAGUUUCUUGGUUCAAUGCACGGAAAACACAUAUGUUGGUGAAGGUGCAACUGUUUGUUUGCAAGUAAUCAAUUACUUCUUUGAGCGUGAAUUCUUGAUGAAAUGUUCUUGGAGUGGAAUAAGCCGGAAUAAGAAGGAUAAUGAAAACAUUAUUUCCAAAAUACCUUUUCAUAAGUUUGGUGGGGUUAUUGAUCUGUUCCACAAGGUUGUACUUUUCUCCGAUCCUUCUUUCUCUAAAGUGCAAUGCGAACAGUUCCUACAUCGCUGAUUAAGGAAUGCAAAGUAACGCUACGAGGACAUCAAAGGUAUUAGAGCUACUGCUUCUAGAAGACGAUGCAAGCGAAAUGAACCUCAAUCAAACCAAGCGAUUUAACAAGGCAUCGAAGAAGAAGCAGAAGUUAUUUUAGAGGAAUAUCUUAUUGAGGCGGAAUCAGCAUCAACAUCAGCAUCACCAAACCAAACGGUUGAAGAUGUGGGAGGUGUUCUGCCGUUCUACGCAUAAUUGUCUUUUGUAUAUAGGCAAUCCUAUAGAACAUGGGACAAUUAUGUGUAUAGCGGCAGUGUUAUCGAUAAACACUAUUGAAAAAGUAUAAUUUAAGGAAGAUAUGUUGUUACAUUGAUUGAUUCAAUAUAAUUGAUAUUGAUUACCACGCGUAUUAAAUUUUGUUUUAGUUGAACAGGUAUGUAUG